AUGUCUCAUGCGCAACCCAAGAUUUCGACGACGAACCUCACGCUCAAUGCGUACCCGUCUCCGCCUCAAGAAACGACUUCUCAACUGGAUUCUUCGCCCUCGACGACUCUCUCGCAACGGCCCACACCCGGCUCCAACGCGACAGUCAACGGACCGCUCGAUAUAGGACUCAAGGACAAUAUGAUAGAGGAGGGCGGCUGGACUCGCCUUCCGGACCCGAUUCCCCCUUCGCCGGCGAAGAUCUAUGCUCCGCAGCCCUGCCCUGCUACGAACCUCGACACUUCGUCGAACACGCUACACGCCAGCUCUAUUCAGUUCCUGAGCACACCGCACCCACUCACCGGACGCGUCCUCGACGACGAAGACUAUCGGCCCAUCGUCACGGAGGCCGAAGGAAUAGGCGAAGAUGUCGACUUCCCUGGGUACUACCGGGCAGCCGGUUGCCUGAUCCCUCUAGGCGACCCUCUAUUCAGCGAGAAUCGGUUCAAAGCCCCGAUCCAUGCCGAAUCGCCCCCGUUUUACCCAAACUCGAUCCAUCUCCUGAUGGCCUCCGACCGCUCGUACUUCAAGACUCUCUCGGCGCCUACGACCCCGGAACCCGCUACGCCGGACGACCCUCACUCGUCCACCUAUGUAAUCAAGCUGGUCCCUCGCGACGACCCUCGACUUAACGGCCACCCGUUCAAGCCGAGCCGACUUCCCGGCCCUGGCGAACCCAUUGCGCCGCACUGGGUCAACGAACAGACCCCGCUGCUGUAUAUCAGCGAAGGCCUAUUUCAGAUAUUAUCAGUUGGCUUUGCGCUUCGCCCGUUCCGCGAAAGCGGCAGCCUCGAAUAUCGCAAGAACUUCGACGAAGCGGUGGACCGUCUCCGAGAAGACGGGAUCGACCCUUACCCCGAGCUCUUGGGGUAUUAUCGCGAGGACGGCUACGCCAUUCCUAUUGGCCAACCGCCCUCGAGCGACCACCGAGUCAAGCUGCCGAUCCGAGCCACGUCUCCUCCAGGAUUCCCUCGCUCUAUCCACGACCUCGCCAUCGCGGCCCCUCUGGUUUUCCGACCGCUAUCCGCACCCUCGACACCUCGACCCCCUGAAAGCCAGUACCAUGUUUCGAGAACGUACGUCCUCGAACUGGUACCGCACGGCGACCUCAGGCUCUGUGGCCGCAUGCUCCGAAGCAGCCGGCAGCCUCUGCGCGGAGAAAACAUCUCACCUCACCACACCGACGACUCGACGCCCCGGAUGUACUUUGUCAAGGAUGACUUCAACAUUCUCGUCGGCAUGACGAGAGAAGCGCAAUCCGAGGCUUCUAGCAUCGACUCACCGAAGAACGGUUCCCCUCCGACGACGCAAGUACAGGACGAAGAGCUUCAACAAGCUCUGCUCAACGGCGAGUUCCCCGCCCUCCCCGACGAAUACUACGCCGCCGCUGGAUACGCAAUUCCCGUCGGGGAACCGCCCGACAGCCCCCUUCGAGUCAAAGUCCCUAUUCGCGCCGCCUCACCGCCCAAUCUUCCCGGCUCAAUCCACGACCUCUCAAAACAGAUGCCUCGCAUCUACCGCCCGCUAUCUGCACCGACAACGCCCGACCCGCCCGCACGCGACUAUCCGACAUCUUGCACUUACGUUCUCGAACUCGUCGACGACCGCGACCCUAGGCUGGCAGGAAAACAUCUCAGGGCUAUGUACUACAAUCCCGACGACAUGCCCCGCCUUCUUUUCAGCCAUGGAUUGUUCAAACUGCUGGCCCGGGUCUCGCAUCAAGCUAUCAGCAACCGAGCCCGUGAACAGGAGCUCGCAGAAAUGCAAGCACGACGGCACCAUCUCGACGCGCCCGAUGUCGACAUGGACGCAUCCGACCUUCAGGGCCCCAUGCGCGCCAAUGCACUCGUUCUAUCGCCCCCGGUCCCACCUCACUUAUGGCAUUCCGAUCCGCUAGCGACACCUCAACACGCACCUCUAGCCGGAAACAAGCUCUCACAACGCCUCGACAGACUCAGGAUCGCGGAAGGACCCGCAGCUGAAGACCGCCCGCCCACACCUCGACCGCCGAUGGAAGGAAUCGAAAUCAGCGUAGGGCAUCGGCUCUGA